UCGUGCUCUGGCUGUGGACUGUUUGAUAACCACUUCCGUUUUUCCCUCACUAGUCCACAUUUGCGUUUACCUUGAACGAUAGAAAGACAUUGUAGAAAGGUUUUUGUUGGUUUAAACUAAAGUUUAGGAGGUCGACUGUUUGAGGAAUUUUAUGGAGCAUAAUAAUGGAGAUACUUCUAGCUGGGCGAUGCAGCGACGUAUGGAAGGUUUGGUCAACAAACACAUGGCAGACAUAGCUCUAGAAACACUCCAGCAGAGACUUUCAGCUGUGUCCGACGAAAUGAACAAUCUUGCGGAACAUGUCUCGAGACGCUCGGAGGAUAUUCCCAAAGAUGAUAUUUCAAGACGACCUGAUGUCAACUUUGACGUUGAGUCGCUGAGUGCGACGUUUAGCACGGGUGGUGUUGGGGAAAAGUUGUUGAUGCCUGGCACCUCGUCAUCAGCAGAGACGGCUGCCCAGCGUAARAUAAUCUCCUUGCUGGUGGAGAUCAAGGAGGAGCAGCAGAGACAGUGGUCAGUGUUGAGGGAGCUGCAGGCCAGGGUUCAGGGCCAGAGCUUUCCGGAGGUAGAGGAGGAGGUGGAGGCUCUAGACAUCGACAUCCCGCUGAGGACCAUGGAGCAGCUAGAUGACACAGAGAGGCACCUGGAGGAUGCCGGAGCACAGAAGAGAAUGGUGUCUCACCUGUCACGGAUGGGCGGGGCCACAGUGGAUGAUGCGGUGCGAAGGCUCAUGCAGGCUGUGCUAUCUUUCGCUGUGGGCUCUGAGCUCAACUGGGUGGGCCGCGGCCAGAAAAGGAGCUUCAGAAACACCCGCCUCCAAGGGGUUCUCUUCCGUGCCCUGAAAAGAACCCCUGUGGGCAAGGAGGCCACACAUCAUCAGUUUGCAGACGUGGUGAAGAAAUGGCUGCGGUACACCCCGUUCAGACAGGGAGGGAGUGGUCGACGGCUUUACAAACCACCUGUUGACUUCCUGUGUCCAAAUGAAUGUGUAGGUCUGCCUAUACAUCUGCCUACACACCCACAGUAACGCUCAACCAGCUUACCGUAAAACUUCAAUUACAUASCCCGGGCAUUUAUUUGCUUAAAUCACUGAACACAACAGGUGCUUAUUAGAGACAG